AUGUAUAAGAAAUAUCGACGAGCACAGCGAAGAAAUUCAGCUGCGUUAUUACCUCUAAGUCUAAGUACAUCGACGAAAAAAGAAGAGAAAAAGUUGAAAUGCCUCAGUUGGACCAAUGUUGCACUCAACGUUUUGGUACCAUUGAUGAUCGGUGCCGUAACCGUGAUUAUCACUGUUCGUCAGCAAGAGACUGACGAUCGUCGUCAACAGCAAGAACGUGAACUAGAUGAUCGACGAUAUAAUUUAGAGCAAGAACAAGCUGAUGAGCUUCAUAACCAAGAUGUUUUCAAGAAUUACAUCACAGAUAUAUCGAACACCAUCUUCAAACAAUCACAGCAGCAAACAACUACAUUUACUGAUGAUCGAGCACGGUCGGCCUAUAUUCGAAGUCAGACAUUGGUUGCUUUAGAUGAUCUCGAUUGGAAACGAAAAACACGAUUAUUUCUGUUUCUAUAUGAAAACAAACUUUUACCUCGCAUUUCUUAUAAGAAUGGUAUUGACGACUCAAACCAAACAUUCAAUCUUCUCGGAGCGAAUCUAGCGAACAUUACACUCAAGAGUACUCCUUAUAGUACACUUCAAUUUCAUCAGUUAUCGUUGCCAUCUGUAGAUUUAACAAGAGCAUCAUUCAUUCGAAGUAUCUUUUCUCAUGGGUUCACUUUCCAUCUAUCCACAAUGGCUGAUGUCAAGUUCACCGGAUCUGAAUUUCUGUGUUGCGAAAAAGUUUCGGAAGAACUUCAAGAAAUUCUUUUCUUCGCCGAAGCUAUACUAACACGAGCCGAUUUUCAGAAAACCUCUUUUUGUGAUAUCCGCUUUUUCAAAACAGAUUUAGCUUAUGCGAACUUUAGCAACGCUCAAUUCAAAGGAAAUGUCACUUUUUCCAAUACCAAUUUGACACUAACUGAUUUUCGCGAUCUUGACUUAUAUCCCUAUGCUUUUAUUCAUAUUGUUAACACGGAUAUGACCGGUUCUUCUAUAUUAGACAAUGCAAAUCUACAAGCAGCAUUUCAUAAUGGACAGAUGCAGUUCGGCAACGUUAUUUUACCAAACGGAACAUGGAAAAUAGAUACGAGGAAUUUAAUUACUAAUGGGGAUGCCGAAAUAUGUUGUCCUCCAGGACCGAACCCUGGCGUACGUCAUUGGUUUCCUUUUCCAGUGGGAAAAGAUGAUGCAACCACUUCACUCAACGAAAAUUUUAGUAAGACUCGAUUUGGAAAAUGCCAUUUGAACUUCACACUCACUGGCGACGACAUAGAAGUCUCUCAAGUUGUCGAUGUCAUGAACUUUUCGUACAUAUUUGCUAGUAGACAAGCUCGAUACGAACUAUUGAUUGAUGCUAACUGUAUCGAUGGAAUUCUAUCGGCAACUAUAUCUUUCGGUACUGAGUUAGGCGAGCCCAUAUCGAAAUCAGAGUUUCCAAUUCAUGGGACGAAUACAUCUCAGUGGACUACUCGCACUUUCGUUGGAGAAGUACCAGUAGAUACAGAUUACUUAACACUAAUUCUUGGCCGAAUGCACCAUACAGGGUUAUGCUACGUAGACAACAUACAAUUACGUAUUUUUCGACAAACUUGA